AUGUUACAUGUGUCGCGUUCGGCUGCUACGUUCUGGCUAAUUUACUCAACUGGAUGGCCUACAGAAGGAUCAAUACAGACUCUAAAUUCCUCCUCCAAAGAGCCCGAUUGUUACUGCCUCUGCGGUGCCGAAAGAGGAAAUAAUGAGAGUACACGGAAACGGAACAGCUGCUGGGCGAGGACCUAUGGCUGGGCACUCAUUCAAGCUCUUUGUUUCAUGUCUCGGUUACUUAUCUAUCUUGGCGUACUAAUGCCACCAUUAUUACAUACCAGUAUCACUCAACAAUUAGUGAGGAUCUCAUAUAAUCAUUACGCACCAAUACUUAAUCCUAGAGGGCUGUUCCUGCGUCUAGGCAACGCGUGGUCGGCUUCCUCGUACCUAGUGUCCAAAGUUAGCCAUUUCCACAUCAGCCGCUUCCGCGACAUCGUCUUCUGUCGUCUCCAGAGAUGCACAGGGCUUGACCUCAACUUCGAUCUCGACUUAGAACCCGACCCCAAAGCUGACCAAGCCAUGGCUAGAUGGGCGUUCUGGAAAGGCCAAAAUAGAUGUAUGUUUCUACUCCUUUUUAGUUAUAACCAAACGCCGCUGAUUGAUCCAAAAAGUCUCAAGUUAGAGAUAGCAGAGCGCUGCAUCCUAACUAGUGACUUUGAAAUCGCCGCUGCCCACAUCUACCCUUUCGCGAUGGUUAAAAAGUUCAACAGUCGCACGGAGCUGUCCGAUCUGAGACAACUAGCUGUUAGUUGGCCGUUACUUAAGGGAUGCCCUCAGUUCGAUAUUGUAUGCAAAUAUCUCUCUCGAAAAAGUACAUUCCUUCUCAUACAUAGUGAUGAGAAGCUGUUUACAGAUGUCGACGCUAAAGUAAACGAUGGGAAUAGUGACAACACUGUCCAGUCGUGUCAUGUAGCGGCAAUCUGCCGGAGCGCAACUCAGCCCGGAAUCAGAGAUACAGAAGAUUAAAUACUUGUUACCCGAUGACCAGGACCCCAGACUCUUCAAAAUUAUCUUCUGCUUCAAGGGUUGUAUCCAAGGGUUGUAUCCGACGGCUAUACAAUUGCCAGGAAAGAGGCAUGGACAUUGAGUGACUUCCACCACUUCGCCUCGACUAUGUUAUCUCGUCCAACGCGGCGCCAAGAGAUAUGAACAUCCUUAUUGAAGAAGUCUUUUGACAGUAGGGAAGAUUCCCUUUCAUAAUAUGGCGGUUUUGAUGUCGAGACCGAGGGUAGCCACAAUGUUUAAUGCAGUUCAGGUAUGGUUUUAAACAAUUCCUUUCAAAGAAGAGACAAAUCCAUUUGCCUUUUCCACCCAUGGAUUGCUGCUUUCAUAUUUGAGUUCGCUAACUGCCGCAUGGAAGGAUCUCGUUGGUCUUAUUGGUCUUUUCUGGCCAGCCACUGCGGUCUCAGGAAAGCAGAGGGAGGCAG